GGUGUCACUAACUAUCUCGGCUGGUCAGUUCUAAAAGAUGUACACAACAUUCUGCUGAGGGAUUUUGCUCCUAUUAUUUGUUUAGUUUUAUUGAUAUUAUCUGCCCAGUAAACCCAGCACAGUUUGUCGUUCGCGGUCGAGGAGCCCCACCUUCGAGUGUUGCACCUGUUUCGUUGAGCCCCAAGUGUCCCCGUGUCCCCGCAAUGUCCCGUUAUAACCAGUCGAACCCUGGCAGCUAUGCCCAAACGUACAAGCUCGUCGUAGUAGGAGGAGGAGGUGUCGGAAAGUCCGCAAUCACCAUACAGUUCAUACAGAGCUACUUCGUCACCGACUAUGACCCCACUAUCGAAGAUUCCUACACCAAGCAAUGUGUCAUUGACGAUGUGCCAGCAAAACUGGACAUUUUGGACACUGCCGGCCAGGAAGAAUUCAGCGCCAUGCGGGAGCAGUACAUGCGGUCCGGCGAGGGAUUCCUGCUGGUGUUUGCCGUAACGGAUCAUGCCAGCUUCGACGAGAUGUACAAGUUUCACAAGCAAAUUCUGCGCGUCAAGGACCGCGACGAGUUCCCGAUGCUGAUGGUGGGCAACAAAUCCGACUUGGACCACCAACGGGUCGUUUCGCUGGAGGAAGCCCAACAGCUCAGCCGACAGUUAAAGAUUCCGUACAUCGAAUGCAGUGCCAAGCUGAGAAUCAACGUAGAUCAGGCGUUCCACGAGUUGGUUCGCGUCGUCAGAAAGUUCCAGCUGUCCGAGAGGCCUCUGAUAGACGAGAAGGGCAAACGAAAGGGCGGAAAGAAGAAAUGCUGCAUUUUAUAAUGCACCAAAAACCGAUCCCAUCCAAACGCACAACUCGUUUCGUAUUUGAAUGCACACAGCCAAUAAGAGCAAGUCUUACUUUUGGUGGCUUCGGAAGAAACUUUCGAAGAAUUUUAUCGUACUAUAUAUAUUUAUGGUUUUAUUCAGAAAUGGUUUUGAAAAGGAAAGACCAAAGGCACAAUCACAAAAGAAAAGAAAUUAAUUCACCAAACAUCAUAUCGCCUGCACUGUCAGACCCACGAGAAAAUGUAAAAUUGGAUCCCAACGUGCCAUAUAAGUUUGCAAGUAUCAGUUUUGACAACGGGAAUAUUGAACAAGUAUGUGCCUAAUUGAUAUUAAAUAUCAUCCGUCAUAUUCGACGUUGCAGCCAGUGACCAACCCAGGGACGAAAUCGAACGAAGAUGGCGGCCGCAAACAAGCAUUUCAGUUUAACCUGUGUUCCAAACGUAGUUAAAGGGAGGAAUCUGUAAUGCUCCUCAAUACAAUUAUUUGACUCUCGAGAUUUCAGAGCAGUUAUAUUUUUAACAACACGUAUCAUUAAAUAAAAUUUAAUAUAUUAAAAAAAAUAUUUUGAAACAGAAAAAACAUAUUAUAUUUACCACUACUUAUGUGUAAAAUAAGACUCGUACUAAAGGUAGCUGAAUGUUACAUUAUAUGCUUUAUCAAAGCGGAAUAUGCCGAACAAAAAAAAAACAAUAUUUAUACAUGUUUACACGAGCGAUUACAAUAAUAACGAACAAUACGAAUCCGUUGCUAAUAACAAAACUAAUUUUAACUGCAACCAUUUGCAAUUGGUGUAUCAGCGUAAAAAUAUAAGGCCGUAAAUGUUAAUCAAAGAUAAUAAACUGUUUGCAAUUGAGUGCGAUGCAUCGUCAUUAACCAAAAUAACUAGCUUUAAAUGUGCUUGAACUGUUCAAAAAAGAUAACAACAAUGUUUAUCCAAAAUUUAAGCAAAACAAAAACAAUAAACAAAAUAAACCAAAAGAAAAAAGUUUGGAACCGGUGCUAAAUUUGAUCAUAAUACAAAUUGGUUUUCUGAAGAAAAAAGUUUGAUUUGAAUGAAGAUUCUACAUGCAAAAACCACCUGUUUUGUCUGAACAUAAAACAACAAUUUUAGAAAUAAAUGUUUAAAACUAUUGACCGACUAAA